AAUCAUCUGCGAUAAAAACGUAAUUCAUCCUUUACAUUCUUCCAAGAAAUUAAACGUCAUUGAAAACAUGUGCUGUCAAAAUGGUGUCAAUUUCGCCCAAUUAAAUGACGUGAUUGUGUCACGUGCACAAACAAAAACAUAUGUCUUUGACAGUUUGAGGUUAAGGAUGGUGAAAAAUAUCUUCAUUUUUGUGCCAAAUUCGCUCAUUCUGAAUAAAAGUGGCUAUUUGGAGGGUUUAUAAUAAAAUGUAGAACAAUUCUUUGUUACGAAAUGAAUCAUCUGCGAUAAAAACGUAAUUCAUCCUUUACAUUCUUCAAAGAAAUUAAACGUCAUUGAAAACAUGUGCUGUCAAUUUGGACCAAUUAAAAAGACGUGAUCGUGUCACGUGCUCAAACAAAAACAUAUGUCUUUGACAGUUUGAGGUUAAGGAUGGUGAAAAAUAUCCUCAUUUUUGUGCCAAAUUCGCUCAUUUUGAAUAAAAGUGGCUAUUUGGAGGGUUUCCGGCAAGAAUACGAUGAAUGUGAAGCUUAUUACAUCACAAGCGAUGUCACGGUUAAACACACCGAAAAUGUUAUCGGUUUUUUGGGCAAUGAUGUGACCAAAGUGAAAAAUAUUGACUUUAAAGCCGUUCAUAUUGACACGACUUCAAAAAUUAGUUUAUUAAAUUUUGGGAAUUCAGCUAAUUUGAGUUUGGUGAGAAUCGUAUACGAUUUUGGGGCUUUUCGGGACUGUGAUGAUUUGGACUAUGAGGACGAGUAUGGGGUACAUUUUAAGUUUUUGCGGAGUCAUUUGAGAAAACCAAGGUGGAGAAAUGAAGAAAACGGCCGGAAGAACACCCUUACUUGCAUUAUUGCCAUUUUAGAUUGGUUGUUGCAAUUUUUGAAUAAAUUCAAAUUAGUGUGGGCUUAUUCAGCUACGAUUUCACAUUUUUGUGAUAACUUAAACGAAUUUAAGUGGUUUUUUGCCGAAGUUAAUAAAGAAAAACGAAUGUCACCCAGAAUUGGGAAUUUUAUUUUAGCAAAAUUGGUUGAUUUAGCAUUGGGGAUUAUUCUAUUACGAAUUUUUAUACACAAUGAAGAUUUGAUCGUAAAUUUUAUUGAUAAUAUUAGAGAGACUUUAAUUUACAAUUUUCGUCACCUUUUAAUCUAUCUCAUGGGGUCUCCUAUCGGUUUAAAAUUAAAUUAUGCUUUCAAUAAAUCAUUGGGUAGAUUUUUCUUUUAUCACAUUUCGUUAUGGAGAGUGUUUUUGUUUACAAUGCAACCUUUUGUCAAACAAUAUUUCAAAUUCCUAGUUUUGCCGGGAACGUUUGGAUUUUCUUAUCAAAUAGCAAUGCUUUCGGACCUUAUUUCAAUUGCAACUUUUCAUGUUUAUUGCAUUUAUGUCUAUGCCGCAAGACUGAUUUAUUUGCAACUGAAGGGCUUAUUAUCACUGUGGCGCCUUUUUAUUGGCCGCAAAUAUAACCCAUUACGGGCCAGAGUUGACUCUUGUCAGUAUUCGCAACAUCAAUUGUUUAUUGGAACUUUGGGGUUCACAGUAUUAUUGUUUCUAUUGCCCACUACAACUCUUUAUUACACCGUUUUUGUGAUUUUUAGGUUGGCGAUAAUGAUUGUUGAGGAAAUUUUGCUACGAUUUCGUUAUUUGCUGCAGUGUUUUCCAAUUUAUAUUUUUAUUCUGUGGGUUCUCAAAUCACCCAAAAUGUCAGGUCCUGUGUGUUUGAAAUGGAGGAAAUCUAAAAAUGGAAUUAUGACACUUGAGGCUUAUUUAAAAAUAUUACCUUUGACAAGUUUGCAAACUUUCGCUCCUAAUACGAAAAAAUCAAGGACGACUCUAUCAUGGAGUAAAAUUUUCACAGGUGUAUUACUUUAACUGAUUUAUUCGUAUCCUGUUAGACAAUAAUAAAUAUUUGCACCUUAAAUAAUGGAAUAUACAAUUAAAAAUAUAAAAUUUGUACCUAAUUAUUAGUAAUUGAAUAAAUUAACAAAACGCAAAACCCGUUUUAAAUUAAUCUAUUAACUA